AUGGUCACCAUGAUCCUGAUCUCGACUCAGCUCCGCCAAAGGGGAGACCACAGCCGGCAGCGGUGCUGGACCAGCCGAGCGCUCAGCCGCCACCGCUGCAGACGGCGCAAGCGGCAGUUCCAGCCGUCUCUCAACUCUACCCAGAACUCGACCUCCCCGCUGCGGAGGGACAAGACAGCCCUCCAGCCUACAGCACUCGUGGUCAGCAGCUCACACUCCGAAUCGCACCCGAAGAGGCUCUCGGAGGUCCACACUACAAAUAGUGGCCUCGAGAGGCCGGAUGCCAUGGGGGGGCAGAAUCGUAUCACCCCGUGGGAAGCUCACUUGAGGGAUCGCUUCAUCCACGGCAUCAGACCGGAGAUCAGUGAGAUGGUGAAAACAAACUGCAUCGCCUGGGAGUCUGCAAAUCUCGGGAAAGUCGAAGCAAAAUCACUUAGUACAGAUGUAUUAACAGAUGUUAUGACAACACAAAGCUUACAUUGUACAGCACACAUCUCCGUUGGAUCAGAUCAUUUGUUUGAGCAAAACUGGUUUAAAGAAGGCCAGGUUGAAGACAAACUUAGGCUGAAUUGGCUAUACUGGAACAAUAACCACUGUGUUGUAUCAGUAGCUCUAACUGACUCACUUAAACAAGAUUUGCUUGAAGUGUCACAUUCUGAUCCUUAUGUUCCACUAAUCAAACCCAGACAGGAAGAAUGGAAGGACUUGGAAACUUGGACCAAAAGGUGUAAUGCAGCUACUGGAUGGGAGAAAACAUCUGAUCCUAAUAUUGAUUUACACAGAGGUUUGAAGGUUAAUCGUAGGAGAUUUUCUGCAGUGAUAAAUGCAAUCAGGAGUGUUGAACUCAUUCCUGAUAUAGAUUUUGUCAAUGUUAAACAUACACCGCAAAUAGGAAAACCUCUUGAUAUGAGUGAUGAAGGAUUCAGUUUUGUGUUAAACAUAAGUGACAUUCCUGAAUUGAAUCAGGUACCGUCAUGUGUGUGGGCUGAGCACAAAUAUGAUGUGGGUCUAAUCAAAGGAGCAGACCCAAUAGUGAUAAUCCCUAAAUCAUCAUAUAGACCAUGUCAAAAUCAAUAUCCAUUGAAAAAGGAAGCAGUGGAAGGUAUUAAACCAGUCUUUGAAUCUCUUUUAAGGGCUGGGGUGAUAGUUCCAUGUGAAAAAUCUCCUGUUCGAACACCUAUUUUUCCUGUUAGGAAAAUGAAGGAAUCUGGACAACCACAAGGAUGGAGAUUUGUGCAAGACUUGCAAGCAGUUAAUGCUGCAGUACAGGCUCGUGCACCAAAUGUUCCGAAUCCUCAUACUAUUCUUUCACAGGUUCCAUCUGAGAGUAAAUGGUUUUCUGUGGUUGAUUUGUCAAACGCAUUUUUCAGUAUUCCCAUUCACCCCGACAGUCAGUUCUGGUUUGCAUUUUCUUUUGAAGGAAAAAUGUACACAUUUACACGCCUUUGUCAGGGGUAUUGUGAGUCACCCACAAUCUUUAAUGCAGCAUUAAGGGACAAUCUGGAAUCACUGGAUCUACCAGCAGGUAGUGCCCUUUUGCAGUAUGUGGAUGAUUUAAUGAUCUGUUCCCCCACAAAGGAGACAUGUGUACAGGACACAGUGGCGUUACUCAAACAUUUAGCUACAAAUGGGUAA